GGGAACAUGCAGGGCCUCCUCCUUGCUACCUUUCUCCUCACUGGUCUGUCGCAGUUCUGUUGCAGAACACAGGGCACUGGGUCAUUAGCCAUGACCUCUGAAGGAAGGCCUGGAGAAGCAUCAGAAGUGCAUCAUCGUAGACAGUUUUGUCACUGGCCCUGUAAAUGCCCUCAGAAGCCCAGUUGUCCACCUGGUGUGAGCUUGGUGAGGGAUGGCUGUGGAUGCUGUAAAAUCUGUGCCAAGCAACCAGGGGACAUCUGCAAUGAAGCUGACCUCUGCGACCCACACAAAGGGCUGUAUUGUGACUACUCAGCAGACAGGCCUAGGUAUGAGACCGGAGUGUGUGCAUACCUCGUGGCUGUGGGCUGUGAGUUCAACAAGAUACGUUAUCAUAAUGGCCAAGUGUUUCAGCCCAAUCCCCUGUUUAGCUGCCUCUGUGUGAGUGGGGCCAUUGGAUGCACACCUUUGUUCACACCAAAGCUGACUGACAGCCACUGCUCUGGGGCUAAAGGUGGAAAGAAGUCUCCUCAAUCAAACUGUGGCCUGGGCCCAUUACAACAGCAGCCCUCAACAACCUACAAAACAAUGCCAGCUUAUAGGAAUCUCCCACUUAUUUGGAAAAGAAAAUGUCUUGUGCAAGCAACAAAGUGGACCCCUUGCUCCAGAACAUGUGGGAUGGGAAUUUCUAAUAGGGUAACCAAUGAAAAUAACAACUGUCAGAUGAGAAAAGAGAGAAGACUGUGUUAUAUUCAGCCUUGUGACAGUAAUAUAUUAAAGACAGUAAAGAUCCCCAAAGGAAAAACGUGCCAACCUACUUUCCAACUCUUCAAAGCAGAAAAAUUAGUCUUUUCUGGAUGUUCAAGCACUCAGAGUUAUAAACCUACUUUUUGUGGAAUAUGUCUGGAUAAGAGAUGCUGUAUUCCCAACAAGUCUAAAAUGAUUACCAUUCAAUUUGAUUGCCCAAAUGAAGGGUCGUUUAAAUGGAAGAUGCUGUGGAUCACAUCUUGUGUAUGUCAAAGAAACUGCAGAGAUCCAGGAGACAUAUUUUCUGAGCUCAAGAUUCUAUAA